UUAGUAUUAGUUUUUUAGGGUUUUUUCCUCUCUUUUUCAGUCACAGUAGUACUUUCUUGUAUUGAAGGAAGUAAUGAAGGUGCGGAUUAGGAUAUUGAGAGAAAAAAUUCACAGGUUUAGGCUCAGUGAUGAGAUUCUUGCCGUUCUACUUCUGGUGAGUAAAAUAUUAGAAGUGUUUCGAAACUCCUCUUGUGUUUCAUCACACAUUCAUCUUUAGGCGAAAAUAUUUGUCUACGAAUAUCUUCUGAAUUUUUAGGUGUUACUUUACUCCAUAAAUUAAAAUGCUUCUUCAUCUGUAUUUCCGGAAGUGAUGUACUUGGACCUGGUUUAUAUUUGGACAAAACCCCGUCGGUUAAUGCUCAUGAGAUGUUGGGUUCCCAAAAGAAAGUGUGCGGCGAUCCCUGAAGAGGAAUUUACAGCUUGUUCCUCUGUUAUGUGCCUUCCCAUCUUUUGAGGCGUUGAGGAAAUGGUUACGAUUACGGGAUUCCUUUUGUCCGGUCUUUAUGUAGCUGGAGCUCAGCAGUGUAAUGGAAUUCCCAAAAGCAAAAAGCUGUGCUUUGCACUUCAGAGUCUAUUUUCUGUUUGUCUGCUUCUUGUCCCAUAGAGACAUUUGCUUUAUGCUGGGUUUUGGGAUUAUUUUGGAGUGGAUCAUCGAGUUCCUUUUCAUAGUUGCUGCUUUCUAGGAAAGCACUGUGUAAUCGUGUAAUGCGUAUAAUCACGAGCUGUCGUGUGCAUUCUGAUAUUGGUGGGGUUUGGUAGACUAGUGUCAUUGAUGAUGGUAAAUCGUGAUGCCAUCUUGGUUUGUACAAAGGCAGAGGCAAAGUAAAUCAAGCAAGAAAGCCUCAAAAGCUGUGGCAUUCGUGUUAGAAAUUGGGGAUUUAAACGAAUAGGGGAAGAGUUGUAAUAUUCUGCAAGUCCUAUUAAAAGAAAUUCAUGAUAAACCUGCCUUUCAAGGAUAUUUUCGAUGUGGCAAAUGCGGAAGAAUCGAAGUAGUGCUCUAAUGGAGGCCUGAUCGCGACCAGCUAAAGGCUAGAAGAGAUCUGCUGGAGAAAAGCACAAGGCACAAGAUCCCCGCAGAACGGGACCCCACGGCUCAGUGACGGCUGUGCCGCCGCCGAGAGCAUCCCGUGUGCGAGGCGAGGCGGGCAGCGCUCGGCAGCGCUCGGUGCUGCAGUGCCGGGAGGAGGCUGCGGGCGCCGCUGUUGACCGAGAGGAGCGAGAGGAAGCUCGGAGCGCUGCAGCCCCGCCCGCUGCGGACAUAAUCGGUCGGUUGCUCGGUGCCUGGCUGGGCGGCCGAGCGAUCUGCGAGAAUCCCCGCAGUGAGAAGAAGUGCUGAAGGGAAACGGAGGGACUCCUGGGAGCGGCCGAGAGAGGCGAGUCUUCUCCAAAUUAGCUCCGAGAAGCUGCAGGCCGUGUUUCGGUGCCGGCGGUGCCGCGACACAGAUGUGUGCGGCGGGGAGGCGCUGGGGCCGGCGGCAGCGAGCUCUGCUGUGGGUGAUGCUGCUGGCGGCGUGGGAGGCGGCGUGGGGGCAGCUGCGCUACUCGGUGCCCGAGGAGAUGCCCAAGGGCUCGUUCGUGGGUGACGUGGCCAAGGACCUGGGGCUGCAGCUGCCGGAGAUUAAUGACCGCGGUGCCCGCAUUGUCUCCGGAGGUAGGACGCAGUAUUUUGCUCUGCAGAAGAAGACGGGACAUUUAGUGACGACGGAGAGGAUCGACAGAGAGCAGCUGUGCGAAAGUGUGCAGCAAUGCGUGCUGCGCUGUGAGCUGAUAGUGGAGGGGGAAAUGCAGGUUUACGGAAUCCAGGUGGAAAUUACGGACAUUAACGACAACGCGCCCACCUUCCGUGAGGCAGAAACAGAGCUGAGAAUGAGUGAGAUGACAGACCCCGGUGCACGGUUUCCCCUGCCAGAUGCUCACGACCGGGAUUUGGGUCAGAAUUCCCUGCAGGGCUACGAGCUGACUGGUGACGAGUACUUCUCGCUGGCCGUGCAGUCGGGCCCCGGCGGCGAUCAGCGUCCCGAGCUGGUGCUGGCGAAGGCGCUGGACCGGGAGGAGGCGGCGUUUCACGAGCUGGUGCUGAGGGCGAUGGACGGCGGCGAUCCGGCACGGACGGGCACGGCUCGGAUCCGAGUGACGGUGCUGGAUGCGAACGACAACGCGCCGGUGUUCAGCCAGGCGGAGUACACGGUGCGUGUGCCCGAGGACGUGCCCGUGGGCUCAACUCUCAUAACCGUCCUGGCCACGGACGCAGACGAAGGGUUAAACGGGCAUAUGAAAUAUUCAUUUAAAAAAAUCACAGAGAAGGAUUCUCAGAUUUUUCAGCUGGACAGUGACACGGGAGACAUCAACCUUUUGCAAAGCCUGAACUUCGAGGAAGGAGAUUCUCACGAACUAGAGGUGCAGGCACAUGAUGGGGCAGGUCUUUUUGACACAACGAAAGUCGUGGUCACUGUGACAGAUGUGAACGAUAAUGUGCCGGAGAUUUCUGUCCGUUCGGCCCGGAGCGAGGUCUCCGAAGACGCCCCACCGGGAACUGUCGUGGCCCUGCUGCACGUGCAGGACCGGGACUCUGGACCGAACGGUGCCGUGCGCUGCUCGCUCGAAGGGCAAGUCCCCUUCCGCCUGGAGAAGUCUUUUGACGAUUACUACCGUGUGGUGACAGCGAGAGAGCUGGACCGAGAGCAGGUGUCGGAGUACAACGUGACGGUGCGGGCGGCCGACGGCGGGUGGCCGGCGCUGCAGAGCAGCGCGGUGCUGGCGCUGCGGGUGCUGGACGUGAACGACAACGCGCCGGUGUUCGCGGAGGAGCGCUACAGCGCGCGGCUGGCGGAGAACAACGCGGCGGGCGCGCUGGUGCUGACGGUGCGCGCGACGGACGCGGACUGGGGGCAGAACGCGCGCGUGCGCUACCGGCUGUCGGAGGGGCGGGUGCGGGGCGCGCCGCUGUCGUCGUACGUGUCGGUGCAGGCGGAGACGGGCGCGCUGUACGCGCUGCGCUCCUUGGACUACGAGCAGGUGCGCGAGCUGCGGCUGUGGGUGCGUGCGGAGGACGGCGGCGCGCCGGCGCUGAGCAGCAACGUGUCGGUGGUGCUGCAGAUCGUGGACGAGAACGACAACGCGCCGCAGGUGCUGUACCCGCCGGCGGGCGCGCUGCGGGCGGGCUCGGGCUCGGGCGGUGCGUGGUCGGGCGUGGAGCUGGCGCCGCGCUGGUCGGAGGCGGGCGCGCUGGUGGCCAAGGUGGUGGCGGUGGACGCGGACGCGGGCCAGAACGCGUGGCUGUCGUACGAGCUGGCCAAGGCGACGGAGCCGGGGCUGUUCCGCGUGGGGCUGCACAGCGGCGAGGUGCGCACGGCGCGCUCGCCGCUGGCCCGCGACGCGGCGCGCCAGAGCCUGGUGGUGGUGGUGAAGGACCACGGGCGGCCGGCGCUGUCGGCCACGGCCACGCUGAGCGUGGUGCUGGCCGAGAGCGUGGCCGAGCUGCUGGCCGAGCUGGGCAGCGCGGCCGACGAGGCGGCGGCAGAGCCGGGCGAGCCGGCCGUGAGCCUGACGCGCUGGCUCGUGCUGGCCGUGGCCGCCGUGUCCUGCCUCUUCGUCGCCUUCCUGCUGCUGCUGCUGGCGCUGCGCCUGCGCCGCUGGCGCCGCCAGCAGCUGCUGCCGCCCGCCAGCGGCGCCUUGCGCGGCGUGCCCGUCUCGCACUUCGUGGGCAUCGACGGCGUGCGCGCCUUCCUGCAGUCCUACUCGCACGACGUGUCGCUCACGGCCGACUCGCGCAAGAGCCAGCUGCGCUUCUCGGCCGGCGGCAGCUGCUGCGACACCCUCCCGGCCCGGCCGCUGCCCGACGAGCCCGCGCCGCUGCUCGGCGACGAGGAUCCCGCCGGCGCCAUCCCCGUGGAUCCCGCCGCUCCCUCGCUUUCCAGUUCUUGA